UGUUCAUACAAUGGAAGUCAAUGGGGUUCGGUGUUGUUUGAUUAUCAACAUUCUUCAAAAUAUCUUCUUUUGUGUUCUUAAGAAAACAAACUCAGCAGGUUUGACCAGACACGAGGGUGAACGGGUUAAAUGUUUAUUAGAUUAUUUAUAUAGUUUUCCCAGUAAUAAGCCACUUUUGUCAUCAAACAAUAAUUUACAAUAAUAAAUCUAAACUGCUGUUGUACACCCGGUUAACAUUCAUUAUGUGAAUUUCUUUUUAAAAUGUUAAUGAGCAAAACACAUCAAAGCAGUUCUUUGAAAAACAACAGGUUAUGGAACUGGUUAGAUGUAUGAAAUGUUUCAUGACAGUAGGAUUCUUGUGAGAUAAGGGCGGCUCCAGCGUUAACAGCAAAAGAGGUGCAAACGAAGGCUUGGUUUCGACUGAAACGUGUGGACUCCUCCUCUCAUGGGAAGAGUUACUGAGCAACCGGCCCCCACAUCACAAGAGCAACAAGCACUGACACUAGUCAGAAGUCAACGCUAACGUUUCUGCUCACGGUCGUGAGCGUUAAACCGAGGUCAUGCUGAAAGUGACAUUCCACGGGUGUGUUUGUGAAUGUUUAAUCUCGUGCCCGCAAACCCGAGGGGACAUCGAUUGAACCGAAGGGAGAUCUCCAAGCUGCUCUUCCAAUGUAGGACUAUUAUGGUCCAACUUGAGAGCGCCAAGUGCAGUUUUCUCCUCUGCCUUGGUAUCAGCAUCAUCUUCUGUUCCGCCAUCUACCUGAAAGCCAAAAUAUCCAACGCACCCCACGCUUCCGUCUCAACCUGUCAACUCCUGCCUGAAAACUGCCCCAUUCUUCCGUCGCCGACGCCGGCCUUCAGAUGGGAACGACAAGAAUGUACCGUCAACUACAUCAUUCACACCAAAGCCAACUGCAGUCGACUGCGAUGGGAACUUCAUUUCAUCACGGUGCCGUUAAGCAAAGAAGAGAAGGACUUCCCUUUAGCCUUCAUCAUCACCAUACACAAAGAACUGGAAGCAUUCGUUCGGCUUCUGAGGGCCGUCUACACGCCACAGAACGUCUACUGCAUUCACGUGGACGCUAAAGCAUCUGCAGACUACAAGACGAGCGUUUGGAAUCUCGUCAGGUGCUUCCCAAACGUCUUUCUGGCCAGCGUCAGUGAAAGAGUGACGUACGCUGGCUUCUCCCGUCUGAAGGCGGACAUCAACUGCAUGAAGGACCUCAUGAGAUCUCGGGUCAAAUGGAGGAGAGUGAUCAAUUUAUGCGGACAGGAUUUCCCCAUUCAGACCAACCUGGAGUUGGUCCGGUACAUGCGGGGAUCUGAAUGGAGAGGUAAGAACAUGGCGCCGGGAGUCAAACAGCCAUCGUACAUACGCCACAGAACUCGGCUUCAAUACGAAGAGGUCAAGGACUCUGUGGCACCGAGGGGCAAAGGUCAAACCAAGGGGCCACCUCCACACAACCUGACCAUCUACUUCGGGACUGCCUAUUAUUCUUUGACAAGAGCGUUUGCGCAGUAUGUACUCGACAGCGCGGUGGCCAAAGACCUGCUGAGCUGGUCUAGAGACACCUUCAGUCCAGAUGAGCAUUACUGGGUGACUUUAAACCACCUGGAGGAUGCGCCAGGCAGUGAUGUGAACGGUGGGUGGGAAGGAAACAUUCGUGCUAUCAAAUGGAAGGAUCAGGAGGGAACGUCACACUGGGGAUGCAAAGGGCGAUACGUCAGGGAUAUCUGCAUCUUCGGGACUGGGGACCUGCCGUGGGUGGUGGAAAAAUACAGCAUGUUUGCUAAUAAAUUUGAGACUACGAGCUUCCCCGAAGCUUUGGACUGUCUGGAAUUGUGGCACAGACACAAAGUUCUCCAGCAAGCAUCGGUUCCCGUUCAGCCGUCGUGGCAGCUCAUCACAGAGGUCCCUGAAAGCACUGCAAGUCAACCACAGAGCAGCACUUCAUCAAAUCACGGGAUCAUUCCUGUCUAUGUGAAACUAUAGCUCAUGAUGUGUUAGGGCUGUGAGGGACAUGAUGGAUGAGUUAAUGUUGAGUGUGUCUCAGGCAUCCAUCAUGUCGCUUUAUCAAUGUACACUUUAGCAGACUUCAUUUGGAAAAACUGCCUUUGGUUUUACUUGCUGUUGUUUUAGUGUGAACUUUACUUUAUUGCUCUUAUGAUGAUGAUGAUGAUGAUGAUGAUGAUGAAAGUAAUCCUUCCCAAUAACACUUCUAGCACUUUUUACACUUGGCGACUGGAGAUUAGAAUGAACCAAUUUUCGAUGUUGUUGAAAGCUAUGUUGAAAAUGUGGAUUGUGCAUUAGAAAUGGGAGAGUUUUGCUCCGGAAUCAAAGCGUGCGGUUCUAUCAUCCGCCCUUCUUGGU